AUGAAGUUUCUUGCUCCUUGUUUAGUAGCUCUAUUCUUAACCAUCUCCUUCAUAUCGGUAUCUUCAUCUUCAUCCUAUGGCAUAUCUGCUCCAAUAACUGAAGGACUGUCCGCCUCAUUCUACCAUUCCAGUUGUCCUAAGGUAACGACCAUUAUCAGACACCAUCUAAAGAAGAUCUUCGAGGACGAUAUUGGUCAGGCUGCCGGAUUGCUUCGCCUCCAUUUCCAUGACUGUUUUGUUCAGGGGUGUGAUGCUUCAGUGUUGCUUGAUGGAUCCCAUAGUGGCCCUAGCGAGAAGGACGCACCUCCAAAUCUGAGUUUAAGAGCUGAGGCAUUCAAGAUCAUUGAUAGCCUUCGGGAGCACGUCCACAAGGAAUGUGGAAGGGUGGUCUCAUGUGCUGAUAUUGUGGCACUUGCUGCACGCGACUCUGUUUUCCUGAGUGGAGGUCCGGACUAUGAAAUACCCUUGGGAAGAAAAGACGGGUUAAACUUUGCCACGAGAAAUGCAACAUUAGCUAAUCUUCCGCCACCUACCAGCAACGCAAGUGCCCUUCUUACCUCUCUUGCAACCAAGAAUUUCGACGCAACGGACGUCGUAGCCCUCUCCGGUGGCCACACCAUCGGAAUCAGCCACUGCACUUCCUUCACCCCUAGGCUGUAUCCAACACAAGAUCCAACCAUGGAGGAGACGUUUGCCAAUGACCUUAAACAAACGUGUCCAGAAUCUAAUUCUACUAGUACUACUGUUUUGGACAUUCGAACUCCGAACUUAUUCGACAACAAAUACUACGUUAAUUUGGUGAAUCGACAAGGGUUGUUUACAUCUGACCAAGAUUUAUACACGGAUAGUAGAACGAGUGACAUUGUCACAAGCUUUGCUUCGGAUGAGAAAUUGUUCUUUGAGAAGUUUGUGCUUGCCAUGCAAAAAAUGGGGCAGCUCAGUGUUCUGACUGGUGGACAAGGAGAAAUUCGUGCAAAUUGUUCAGUGAGAAAUUCUGAUAACAAGUCUUAUGUGUCUUCCGUGGUGGAGGAUGACGAUGAAUCCAAGGCUGAAUUAUAA